AUGUCUCAAUCAUGUUCUAUAAUCAAUUGCACCCGAACAUCACGUGGAUUGUGCGAUUGCUGUCAACAAUACCUUUGCUUACAACAUUUAACGGAACAUAAUGAUUUACUCAUUUCUCAACUGAACCCUUUAACCGAUGAAAUUAAUACGCUUGCUGAUCGGCUUAGCAGACUAAACGUUCAAAAAAUAAUUGCGGAUAGUCGUCAAAAACUUGAACAAUGGCGUGAAGAUUGUUAUAAGAAGAUUGAUUGUUUAUUUGAACAAAAAUGUCAAGAACUUAAUCAACUUAUUAAUGAAAAAAUUGGCCAACAACGAGAAGAACUCAAUCGAAUACAUUUGAAGAUAACUGAAUUGAUCAAUGCACAAGAAACAACUCGUCAAGAUAUAGAUUUAUUGACAUCAACUAUUCAUCAAUUCUCAACAAAUAUGAACAAUAUUGAACAAACAUGUUUUACAAUUAAUAUUCGUUCAUUACUAAUAGAUGACACGCUUGUUUGUAUUAAGGAAACGACUGAAAAAGAGCUUGAUCUAUCAAUUCUUUCACCUGUAUACAGAACGAUUCAUCGCCCUGAGAGAAGUUUUCGAUCACUAACUGGCAAUGAUCGAUACUUAUUGAUACAUCAACACCCGAAUUUAUGUUUAUUUGAUAGAGAAAUAAAUAUAGUUAAACAAGCAUUAUGGUCUUACGAUCCAAUUCAGGACAUGUGUUGGUCAUCAACAUUAGAUCGAUUCAUCGUGCUUGGAAAAAAUAAUAUCUAUUUCAUCGAUGAAUAUACAAUGUCAAUUGAAAACGUGCAGAGAAUUAAAAAACAAGAUUGGGGAUCAUGUACAUGUUCUGAUACAGUUCUCUUUGCAUGCACAAAUGAAUGGGGUUCAUCUAUAAUGGAAUUCGAACUAUUUCCAGCGAUCGAUAUGAUUAAAGAAUGGAAAUAUCCUUUUACAUGUGCCAAAGAUGAAACUAUCUGUGAUACUGUUUACAACAGCGGAAACCUCGCUCUGAUGGUUAUGAAUAAACUCGAGAAAUCACUGCGCAUUGAAUUGAGAUAUGGAAAGACGCUCCAUCGCAUUUGGUUGCUUCAGCUCGAUAUUAGAUGGAUCGAAAAUAUAACAUUUCGUUGUUGUUUACUGACUUGUAAUGAAUGGCUCAUUGUUGACUAUGAAAAUGGACGUCUGAUUCAAAUUACAAAAGAUGGAACAAUAAAGAAAACCACAAAAUAUCAUUCGAUUCCGUAUCGUGCUACUAUGUUCGAUCGAGAUAAGCUAGUAGUAUCGACUAUGAGUGAUGUAAAUGUACAUCUAAUUCAAUGA